AUAUCAGUUAAAUAUAUUAAUUAAUUAUCAUUACAAUACAAUCAAAAUCAUGAACUCCUAAAUUUUGCCAACAACCAAAACAAACGAACAUUUAUGGGCAAUAAUUUCAAAGUUGGUAUCUUAAAAAUUCACUAAAUCCGAUAAAAAAAAAUUAAAUGUGAAUUCAUGAAUAUGAAGAAAUUUAAACGUAUAUAACAUGAGAAAGUUCCGAUAGAGGAAGUGUUCGAGCAGCUGAAAUGCGGCCGCGAUGGGCUGAGCUCCACCGAAGGAGAAAACAGGGUUCUCAUCUUCGGCCUCAACAAAUUGGAAGAGAAGAAGGAAAGCAAAUUCCUGAAAUUUCUAGGGUUUAUGUGGAACCCUCUGUGAUGGGUGAUGGAAGCGGCGGCGCUGAUGGCGAUCGUCUUGGCGAACGGGCAGGGGAAGCCCCCGGACUGGCAGGAUUUCAUCGGAAUCGUGUGCCUGCUGGUGAUCAACUCCGCCAUCAGUUUCUUCGAGGAGAACAACGCCGGCAACGCCGCGGCGGCGCUGAUGGCGGCGGAGAUGCAGAUGAAGGCGGCGGCGGCAUCGAUGGUGAUGAAGGCAGUGGAGAUAGACAACGACGUCGAUGGAGAUGAAGGCGGUGGAGAUAGACGGCAACGUCGAUGGUGAUCGGUGGAGAGAGAGAGAGAGAGAAGAGGAGAGGAUGCGUGACUUGCGUGAGAGAGAGAGAGAGAGAUGAUGGACAGAGCGUGAGAGAGGGAGGCAGUGAGGGUGGGUGGCCAUUUUUUUAGUUUUUAUGUUAAGGGUAAAAUUGUAUUUUUACAUAAAAUCUGGCCAAAUUUUAAAGUUUUUAUGUUAGUGGACAAAUUUUAAUU